AUGGCUGAGGUUUCGCAUGCACGGAAAAUGGCCUCAAAUCCCACCGCUGAUGGAGAAGAAAAGUCAUUCCGCGUGGCCGAGAUAGCCGGCAAGGGCAUUGGACUCAUUGCCACCCGCCCCAUUAAAAGGGGGGUGAUGGUCAUGGUCCGGCAGCCUUCACUUUUGGUUCAAGUGGCAGCUCAAGCCCGGACAGAUGUGCAUCUGCGAAACCGAAUCUACGCCACCGUGUUGGAGAAACUCGGGGUCCAAACACGUGGGCAGCUGUUGGGAAUGGUGGGCCGUGAUCUGGGCGACAAAAUUGACAAAAACUGUUUUCGUCUCAGGGCAAGCGGGGAGAAGGCUGGUGGUGAUGGCGGUAACGAUUACAUAGCAUGUUACCCGGAAGUGGCCAUGCUGAACCACGAUUGUAGGCCGAGUCUCAGUUACACCAUCGAUGGCGCGACAAUGACCGUAUCAUCGGUUCGGGACAUCGAUGUGGGCGAGGAGCUGAGCGACAGCUACAUUGGCUUGCUCUCGACGAGGGCCCAGAGGCUUUCGGAGCUCAGACAUUGGGGCUUCAACUGCUCUUGUGCACACUGCAGUAUGAGCGGCAAAGAGGCUGCCAAAUCUGAUGCUCGGCUGCGAGCAAUCACAGGUCUAGAAGCCGACCUGGACAAUUACCGAAAGACGCUGGUGAUGCCCGAGACUGGUCUGGAGCUGAUCGACUUGUAUCUGCGAGAGCGGCUUGAUAUUUAUAUGGACAGAGCCUAUAUGCAAGCUGCCCUGAACUUCGCCGCAUUCGGGAUGGAAGAAGAAGCAAGGCGCUAUGCAACGCUGGCAGUAGAGGCAAUCGAGGCGAAAUCUGCAGCUGGCGGUCAUAGUGCGGAUUGGCACUCGAUGCGACAUCUGUCGAGGAACCCGAGCUCGCACUGGAUCUGGGGAUAUCGAAAGGGGGAUGGCCACUAG